GCGGAGGAGGAAGAGCCGAGCCGCGAAGAGACGCAGUGGGGCCACGGUCCGAGCACGUCGCCGCACUGACCGACCGACGCACCAGCAUCUCUGCAGCUUCUUCCCUUUUCCCUCUUCCCUGUCUUUUUCUCUCUCCGCUUCAUUUUUAUCACUGAUUGAAAAGAAGACUGUGCGGCUGAAGCCUUGCAGCAUGGAGACCUCGCAGAAAAGCACGCACUAAAAACGUGAGAUUUACCGGGUGGAGAGAGAGGAAGAGAGAGAGCGAGAGACUACGUGUGCAUUGACAAAAAUGAAGAAGUUCAACAUCAGGAAGGUGUUGGACGGCUUGAAAGAGGCGUCCUCCUCCUCCUUAUCCUCCCCCACCCCUUCCUCUUCCAACCCGUUGGUUCAAGUGGGUCCGCAGGAGAACCAUCUGGUCCAGGAGCAUCUCCAGUCCGAGCAUUUCCAGCUCUGUAAGACGGUCCGUCAUGGCUUCCCGUACCAGCCGUCGUCCAUGGCGUUCGACCCCGUGCAGAAGAUCCUGGCCAUCGGCACUCAGAGCGGAGCACUCAGAUUGUUCGGUCGUCCGGGUGUGGAAUGUUACUGCCAGCACGAGAGUGGGGCGGCCGUCAUCCAGCUACAGUUUCUCAUCAACGAGGGGGCGCUGGUGAGUGCUCUGGCAGAUGACACAGUACACCUUUGGAACCUGAGGCAGAAGAGACCUGCUAUCCUGCACUCGCUCAAGUUCAGCAGAGAGAGGAUAACCUUCUGCCACCUGCCUUUCCAGAGUAAGUGGCUGUACAUCGGCACAGAACGAGGAAACAUCCACAUCGUCAACGUGGAGUCCUUCAUGCUCUCAGGCUACGUCAUCAUGUGGAACAAAGCCAUUGAACUGUCCUCCAAGGCUCACCCUGGACCAGUCGUGCACAUCAGUGACAACCCCAUGGAUGAGGGGAAGCUGAUAAUUGGAUAUGAGUCGGGGAUCGUGGUCCUGUGGGAUCUCAAAUCAAAGAAGGCCGACUAUCGCUACACUUAUGAUGAGGCGAUCCACUCAGUUGCCUGGCAUCACGAGGGCAAGCAGUUCGUGUGCAGUCACUCAGACGGGACGCUGACCAUAUGGAACGUGAGAGGCCAGGGAAAACCCAUACAGACAAUCACCCCCCACGGAAAACAGCCCAAGGAUGGAAAGAAGCCAGAGCCUUGUAAACCCAUUCUAAAAGUGGAAUACAAAACCACCAGAAUGGGGGAGCCCUUCAUCAUCCUGUCCGGCGGUCUUUCCUAUGACACGGUGGGCCGGCGGCCGUGUCUGACGGUCAUGCACGGGAAGAGCACGGCCGUCCUGGAAAUGGACUACCCCAUCGUCGACUUCCUCACCCUCUGCGAGACGCCAUACCCCAACGAUUUUCAGGAACCUUACGCUGUGGUGGUCCUUCUGGAGAAGGAUUUAGUGGUGAUCGACCUUGCACAAAACGGUUACCCCAUCUUCGAGAACCCCUACCCAUUGACCAUUCACGAGUCCCCGGUGACUUGCUGCGAGUACUUCGCCGACUGCCCCGUGGACCUCAUACCAGCACUUUACUCAGUUGGCUCGAGACAGAAGCGUCAGGGCUACAGCAAAAAGGAGUGGCCUAUCAGUGGCGGCAACUGGGGUCAAGGCACACAAAGCUACCCGGAGAUCAUCAUCACAGGGCAUGCUGAUGGAACGGUGAAGUUUUGGGAUGCCUCUGCAAUAAUGCUCCAGGUGCUCUACAAACUGAAAACGGCCAAGGUGUUUGACAGGAGCCGCUCCAAAGAGGACAAAGGCGGCCCCGAGGCGUCUGACGAGGACCCCUUUGCCAUCCAGCUGAUGGCCUGGUGCGCCGAAAGCCGCAUGUUGUGCGUGGCCGGCGUGUCGGCCAACAUCAUCGUCUACCGCUUCAGCAAACUGGAGGUCACCACUGAGGUGGUGCAGCUAUUGGAGGUACGAAUGCAGUACGAACUGAACGAUAUCGAGUCUCCCGAGGGUGGAGGUGGGGAACACACGUCGUCGCACCACACACCGGGCGCUUCACCGCAGACCAGCGGGCCACCUUCACACCCCUCCACCAGCAGCAACAACUCGGACGGGAGCAACACACCCUGCCUCAAGGUGCGUAGCACUCCGUUGAAGCAGUCUGCGGGUUACCAGGUGGACUUGGUGGUCCAGUUGGUGUGGGUGAGUGGUGAACCUCCUCAGCAGAUCACCAGCCUGGCACUAAAUUCUUCCUACGGCCUGGUGGUGUUUGGCAACAGUAGUGGUGUUGCAGUGGUGGACUACAUCCAGAAAACAGUCGUGUUAAACCUGGGGACGUUAGAACUGUACGGGUCCAACGAUCCAUACCAGAGACAACCGCGAUCGCCCAGAAAGUCUCGGCAACCCUCUGGAGGACUGUGUGACAUCAACGAGGGUUCGGCAACGUCAGAAGACCGCUGCAAGUCUCCCACUUCAGUGCUGAUGUCAAACAGCAAUCUCCAGCAGUUCUACAAUGGAGGAGGUAGAGGAGCAAAGAUGUCACGGAAAUUAAGCUUGCCUACUGAGCUAAAGCCAGACUUGGUCCUCUUGUCUGUAUGCCCGCCACGGGGUGCCAACCCACUAGACCACCGGGACAAUUCCUUCAGCCGCUCGCGUUCCUCCAGUGUCACCAGCAUCGACAAGGAGGCCAAAGAAGCCGUUCUCUCCUUCCACUUCUGUGAGAGUUACGCUCGCAAGGGGGACGGUGCACCGUCACCAUGCCUCUUCGUGGGCACUUCGCUAGGCACCGUGCUGGCUUUGGCCCUUACACUGCCACCGGCUGGAGAGCAGAGGCAACUGCAGCCUGUUAAUAUUUCGCCAACAGGCAUGUUGAUCCGACUGAAAGGCAGCAUCUUGCGGUUAGCUUUCCUGGAUUCCGCCGGUUCCCUCUUGCCUCCCGCGUACGACCCUUGGUUCGAACCCAACGUCUCAGCGGACGGCGAAGAACGGGAGAAAGUCCGCAAGCGCCGCCCCGUGUCGGUUUCGCCGUCCAGCUCGCAGGACCUCAACGAGAGCCACUAUGCCGUGAUGUGCUCAGAGAAACAGGCCAAGGUCCUGUCACUGCCUAGCCAGACGUGCAUCUACAAGCACAGCAUCACAGAGGCCUCCUUUGUCUUACGUGCCGACGUGGUUCAGAUGAGCCAAGGUGUGUGUCUGGCCUGCUUCUGUGCUAAUGGCCAUAUCAUGACCCUCAGUCUACCUGGACUGAGACCCCUCAUGGAUGUAAACUACCUGCCUCUAACUGACAUGAGGAUAGCGAGGACCUUCUGCUUCACAAAUCUGGGGCAAGCCAUGUAUCUUUGCUCGCCCACAGAAGUACAGAGGAUUACAUACAGUCAGGACACUUGCGAAAACCUACAGGAAAUGCUCGGUGAAUUGUUUAUGCCUGUGGAGACACCCGAGGCCCCAAAUAGGGGCUUCUUCAAGGGUCUCUUUGGAGGAGGAGCACAGUCAUUAGACAGAGAAGAACUAUUUGGCGAGGAAGUCGCCGGACGAGCUUCCCGGAGUCUGGCUCAGCACAUCCCGGGUCCGGGGGGAAUCGAGGGCAUGAAGGGGGCGGCGUCCGGAGUUGUGGGCGACCUGGCCCGAGCACGAAUAGCGUUGGACGAGCGAGGACAGAAACUCGGCGAGCUGGAGGAGAGGACGGCGGCCAUGAUGGCUAGUGCCGACUCCUUCUCCAAGCAUGCACAUGAGAUGAUGCUGAAGUGCAAAGACAAAAAAUGGUACCAGUUCUGAUGGGCGUCGGCACCGGUCGCCUUCCCGGUGAUGGUGACCUGUCGCUCUUUUCCGUUCAGCCAUUCCCUCCAAGCCUUCGUUCACUGAGACACUUGGGAAUUUCUUCCCUUAGCACAAUGUCCCAUAAUGUUCUUACCGCACUCGGUCGUUGAGUGAGGGGGGGGACACAGUGAGCGAAUAUGUGUGUGUGCGUCCCAUGUUCUUGUCUUUUUUUAAACAAUUACUACGUCACACACCGAGAGUUUUCAUUCUCAUUUUGCCAAACCGUCCUUAGAACUGAUGUCAGUAUUUAAACUGGACUACUAAUGAACACUUGGGAAUAUGUACAAAUCUAAAUAUGUCAUGAUGAAUACAUACAAAUCUAAAUGUUGCAACACUGUAAUUCACUUCAGGGCGACCGCUACGGAAACAAAAAGGAGAGGGACACAGGAAGUGACACCUACAGUGACGCCUCCUCUAUGCAGAGAGAUUUUUUUUGAUUCCCCCCAUCUUGCUGAACUUCCAGACUCUCGUAUCCUUCCCUACAACAUGUAUGAAUACAUCCCUUUCUAUUUUUCUCAUCAACCCCACUGUAUUUAUUACAAAUCGUUUGGUUUUAUGGCUCUGUCAAUAUUACUGGAAAAGCUCUUAUUUUUCUAUGGUUGUGAAAGUAAGUGAUAUUUUUGUUAAGGACUUUGUUAUUUUGUGAGUGUGUGGCUUUCGUCUCACGUUUUGCUUUCUCCUUUUGAAAAGGGCUGGAAUCUACAAAGGAGGGCGAGGAUAAACAAGGCAUAAUGUAGUAUAAUAUGUAGACACUCAUUUGUUAAGCAGCCCCGAGUAGUUCUUUUCUUUAAUCUCGUGUACAAAUGCUGCUAGGAUCACUGUUAUUACACGCCCUGUGUCUUCUCUAUUUUUUAAAUUACGUGUUGUUCUGUCAAAACAAUGAAUAUGUUCAAUUAUUUUUGUAAAUUCCCAUCAUCGUAGGGUGUCAGGACACAUGGAUAUUUGAUUUUUUUCCCCCCAUUAUUUGAAGGCAGAUAUCUAUCGGGUUAGUUUAGCAGCAUGUGUGACAAUCUGGAAAGUACUACAACUAUUAUGCUGUUUUAAAACUAAGAUUCAAAGAUUGUGCUAGUUGGUAACACAAAAAGAAAAGAGGCCAUUUAUUGUUUCCGAUGCCAAAGACUUAUUAUGUUUACGGGGAAGUUCAGAAUUUUUUACUUAAUCUUCGAGUUAGCGGGGGUUUAACUCGUCGGUGGAGUUGAUUUCAACAAAUUCCGUGCAGUUUGUUAGUUAUUUGUUAUUUUCAGGGCUCGGGAGUGGCUAAGCUAGCACGAGUUAAUGGUACAAUCUUAGCAUGCCAAUCAAAAACAACAUAUGCACGCAUGAGAAUCACCCAUGCAAUCAAUGGUGUUGGCUAUGUUUUCAGGAUGAAGUGAUUCAAAUUUACCAUUGCAUGUCAAUAACUGUAAUAUGAACAUCAACAUUUUUAAUCCAGCAGCUCUGCAGGGAACAGGGUGGAGUGAUAUCCAAUCGUUUUUUUUUCACCGCUGAUUUUUGUGUCGUAGCCAGCAAGACGUAACCACAGUUUAUAUUGUUCCUCGUUCUUCGUAGGAAAUUUGUGGAAACUUUCCUUUGCCCAUUUCUUCUGUUUGUUUCCAUAGCCACUAAAUGUGCAUUUCACCAUGUUUCCAUCCUACAGUCAACUCAGUAGACUGAUGCUGCAUUUGAGGAAGGUGAGAAGUCAGAGUUUCCGACAUAGAAAUAUAUAGUUGGAAGGCCACUAGAACUGGGAGGUCCUACUCGAGAAGUCAAUAAAAAAGAAGUCACUCGACAAAAUGGCACUGCCUGUCGAAAAGCAGUCCGUCAAUAGUAAAACUAAAAAAGGCAGUUUACAAUGUGUGCUAUUUCCCUCAGCCGUCAUUUUUCAGGUUUGCUGGAUGUCAAAAUAUCUUGAUGGGCAAAAUAAAAAAAUAAAAAAACAACUUGUCUUGCUCAGCCGUCUUUGAUGUUUACCUUCGCUUGGAAUGCUAUGAGGUUGCAACUGGUACCCUCCGAGUGGGAUAGGUUCUUACCUUCCUCAAAUGCAGAAUAACCACAAGUGGCCAAAGCAAUCCUUUGUAUUGUGGUCGCAUUACGCAUUUUAAAAAAUAGUCCUGCAGAAUGAAAUGAAUUACGGCAGUUUGGUGUGACAUUGUUUUGCCCGUAUUGGUAUUUCGAACAAUGAUCUGCAUUUUGAAUUUAUUUGACUAUCAUAGGUCUGUUAUUGUUUUAUGUUGGCAUGCUAAGAUUGUACCAUUGACUCACACUAGCUUAGCCACUCAGGUGCCCCAUAAUGAGCAAAUAUCUGACAAACUGCACGGAAUUUGUUGAAUCAACUCCACCGACUAAUUAAAACCCCACUAACUCAUAUACCCCUUUCCCACUGGCCAAAAAACUCGUGUCAACCCACUAACAAUCAGCUUUUGGUGGCAGUGGGAAAGGUCCAGCGACCCGCCUCGACCUGUGUCAAUCAACCCGCCAAGCGACCCGCGUUAAAAUCACCUCGGCUCUGAUCGUCAUGCAGUGUGAAAGCAAAACCCCGGGUCAAGAGUCAACACCCUAAUCUACGUGGUGACGUAGGCUCUUACGUGAUGCGUCAUAACAACGUUCCAGUUGCCUCCCAUUUAACAAACUCCACAACCGUAGUUACGUCGAUGCUCACAACAAAGCUAGUAGAAGAAUUCACGUCGCUUACAUUGCCUCAGCAAAGCAGAGUGUUGAUCCUUUGCUGCAUUUCAACCAUUUUUAGGGCAGUAAAAAGCAUGCAAACAGAGAAUACAAACGGAAAAGAGGCUUCCAUUUUGCUCUGCUCUGAAUGAAUUCGGUCGCAUUUGUCGACGCGGAUCUUUGCGUGGUGACGUCACGUAACCUUCGCACGGCUGAGGAGGGGUGGGUAGACGGGUGAAAAAAAAAAAAAAAAGACAGCUUUUUUCAUCAAUGGGAAAGGUGCUAAAUGCCAAUUGUUAGUGGGUUGCAUCGGCUUGGAAAAAACGCGCGUUGACCCACUAGUUUCAGUGGAAAAGGGGUAAUAGAGUAAGCCUAACGUAAAAAAUUCUGAACUCCCCCUUGAAGGUCAAACCAUCAUUCAGAGCCAAAUUAUUGAUUUAGCGCAAGAAGAAAUGCUGACUUUAAUAUUUUCCGUCGAUGAUGAUAUUUUGUCAUCUUGUAUGUUGUUUUUAAUAUUACAAUGGAAAGUUUAUGUUCAGGAAAAUAUCCUUGUAAUGCUGUAUUUUGAGUAAAAGUCAAUGUUAUGAGAAGCUUGAAGUGUAAAGUUAGAGUGUUAUGAGAAAAAUGAGUUAUGAGAAAGAAAUCUUGAGGGAAGUAUACAGUAAUAUAUAAACAAAUUAUUUUUUAAGGGGGAAAAAGUUUAAGGUUAGGAAUGUCAAAUGUUCUAUGGGAAUGAUGUUGGAAUGAUGUAAGUACUCGCAAUUUUACGUUAAAAAGCGUGAAAUAUUACAGGGAACAUACUGUAUACACAGUGAUGAGAAUAAUGUUGAAUUAUAAAUAAGAAAGAUGAGAAGAUGUACAGCUUUGGGAAAAAGUCAUCAUGUUACAAAAAAAUGUAAAUUAAUGUUAAUAAAGUCAUAAAUAUUGUAAAAUAACAAAAUUAUGAGAGGGUAAAGUCAUAAUUUAUAUUAUAGUAAUUUUUCACUAAUACUUGUUUUUAUCUUUAAAUGUAACUCACAGAAGACGGCAAGUUGACAAGAAAAUGCGAAUUAAAGUCAAUAUUUCUUUUUUGUAUUAUGCAGAAAUGAUUUUAACUCCAAUUACAUUGAAAAACGAGAUUUUUCUUGUGCGGGCAGAUUUCUGUUAUUGUAUUACUUUUUCUAAAACCUCUUUUAUUUUGUAAAACGCGAUAUAAUGCUGUUCUCCUACUGUUGAAACUAAAUUAUUUAACUUUAGCCCAGUUGUGUUUUUCUAUUGAAGGCUGUUGAGUCCAUGAAGUUACAUAUACUUCAUGAUAAUCGGAACAACUCAAAAUGUUUUUAUUUUUGUUGUGUUUUCAUGUCUGAAUGUCAUUUUUGUCUGUCUGUGCUCCCGGAGCGUUUUGUUAAUCAAUGUCAACGUCCUGGUCUGCGGUUUUGUGACUUGUCGGGUGUUUUAUUUCACACCAACUCAAGCCAAUAAUAUAUACAGUGAACCCCCGCUAUUCACGUUAAAAGCCAAUUAUUUUGAACUGCUAACUAACUCAAUGGCUGCCUUUGGCAGCGAUAGACGUCGAAUUGUGUAGCUAUUCUGUGAAUUUAAAAUAGCUUGUCGCUAGGAGACAUCCAAUCUGGGAGGGUUGCUGCCACCCUCCCAGUUCAAAAGGAUUGGACAUAAAGCGUUGUCAAUGACUGGCAGUGAGUUAGUUAGUCAUUUAAAAGCAUCAUAAAGCAUUAUGCUUAUAGAAUAUACACAAUAUUAAUAAUUCUAAUAAACCUAUGAAUUCAUUUUGAUAGUAGAAGUUGCUAAAUAGCUAAAUAGUAUUAGCUAGCAAUAAAUUAGCAUAGCAACAAAACAAAUUUUCCACCAGAUGGCGCCAAAAUAAAAUUUGUCUUCAAAAACCAAUCGUUUUUUUUCUCCCCCUUCUUUUUUUAAACAAGUUUAUAAAAAUAUACCGUGAUUAGAGGGUUCACUGUAUAUACUAGUACUUUAAAAGGCUAAAUUCCACGUUGCCAAGUCGGGUUGGUUCUUCCAGUAACCACAUAGCCACGUUUCAUUGACUACAUGUUCAUUUUCCAAGGAAAAAUCAGUGGAAUGUCUGUUACACGUCAUAUUUCUUUCAGUUUGCAGUACACCCCGUCAAAUCCCUAUGAAAAUUCGAGAGAGGAUAUUUUCCCCGAACACAACUGUCGUCACGUCCUGCAGUCAACAGUUGUGAGUGGGUUGCAGUAUUUUUCUCAUGGUAGCCGACUCUUUCUUGUACAGUUUUAUGCAACUUUCACAUGGAUGGACCUUACGGAUCUGCUGCCACACACACGAGAAUUUAGGACAUUCUGUAGAUAGAUUAACUGUGCAAUGGGAAAACAAAAUAAA